AAGUGUUACUAAACCCACAACAAUAAAAUCAGUCUGUGUAUGCAGUAAAGCAUGCUUGUUAUACUCACUGUGGAACCUAAGGGGUUUAUCCUCUGCAUUGUGCAAAAAGGCCAUUUGGUCCGGUUUUCUCUGCCUCUCCUUGUUCAAAUGUCCACUUGAUCAGACAGACUGAACCCAUAGCCACAUGCACAUGCUCAGUUUAGUGUGUAUUGCUAGAGAGGGAGGGUUUUUUUUUUCUUGGGAGAGUACAUGUGAUCAGCACAGAGCCAAACAGCACUGUCCAGACAGAGGGUCAGGGGUUCUGCAUCCUCCUAGAGCAGAAAGAAAACUCUUUCUUCAAGCUUUAACCAGUGCUCUGUUGGACACUGAUAGAAGUCACAAGACUGCUCUAACUGCUGAUGAGAAAAGGUAUUUA